AUGCUCCGAAAGGUUGAUCCUGCUAAUCCGGUGUUAGUGAAAUACUUUCAAUCUAUCGAUCCGGAUAUUAUUACUGGAGUUUUGUUACUUCCUUCUAUUGGUCCAUCGAAGAAGAAACAGGGGUCAAAUAAAACUGUUGUUAAACGUCCUUCGAAGUCAUCAUCACCAAAAGGUGCAAAGGUGGUUAAACCUAAAAAGACAAAGCAAAGUGAGCCACCUCCGAAUGUUGUCCAGAAACCUAUUUUGAAGCCUCUAAUAACUGAAGUUUCUCAACCAGAGAAUGAACUUAUACCUUGGAAGACUGGGUUAUUAAGGAGAUUCAUGAAAUUGGUACAUCGACCUUCUAAUUCACCUGAAAGGUCAGAUACUUUUUCUCCGAAAUUUACCACGAAGCAUCAUGUUACUAGUAAAGGUGUUAUGAUUCGGGAAGUUCCUGUUCCUGUUUCACCUACUUCAAAGAAAAGGGUUGCCAAAGAUAUUUCCAAGAAAAUUUCGAGCAAGAGAAGGAAGCUUAUUCUCGAAGAUUCACAAGAUGAUUUAGUGGUGCCAUAA